AUGUAUAAGGGAUAUGUUCACGAAACAGUAAUCUAUAAAAACAACGAUUCCGACGUCGUGGAAAUUAAAGCGAAAUGCUACCGAUCGAUGCGCAAGUCACAGCCCCCUCAUAAAAUUAAUUUAAUCAUCUCCCCACCAACCCAACAAGACGACGGUAGAAAGAAUCGCAUUACAGAAAGCACUUGCAGUUGUGUUGCAGGAUUCACACCUCCAACCAAAGAAGAAAUUGACCUGCUUAGGAGCUGUGCAUCAACCCCUCUCGCGUUUCUCCUGGAUGCACAUCGCCUUUCUACAGAAGCUACAUCAUAUGGCAGAUCUCAUGAAAUACAAAGGAAAAAAGCUUACUGUGACAUAAUGAAUGUUCACAUUCAUGACUGUGGCCUUGUAGUUAACCCACAAUUUUCAUUUCUGGGAGCCAGUCCUGAUGAAAAGAUUUGUGAUGAACUACUCUGUGGUGUUCUUGAGGUUAAGUGCCCAUAUGCAGCCAGGGACAUGACAGCGAAAGAGGAAAUUUUGAAGGUUAAAAACUUCUGCCUCAAACAAGAAGGAGAAAUAAUUCUGAAUCCAAAGCAUGUUUACUAUUAUCAAGUCCAAGGGCAACUAAUGGUUACUGGAGCUCCAUUUUGUGAUUUUGUUGUUUUUACCAAGAAGGACGUUCACAUUCAACGAAUUUUGCCAGACAAGAAUUUCAUGUCUGAAAUGCUUUUAACUUUGGCAAAGUUUUAUGCAGUACAUGCCAUGCCUUUCUUAAACCUAUCUUGA